CAUUCCUACAGAGACAGAUGUGGGGGGGUGAUGAGGAAUACAAGGAGGAGAUCCCUACAGAGACAGAUGUGAGGGGCGAUGAGGAAUACAAGGAGGAGACUCCUACAGAGACAGAUGUGAGGGGCUAUGAGGGAUACAAGGAGGAGGUUCCUACCGAGACAGAUGUGAGGGGCUAUGAGGAAUACAAGGAGGACAUUCCUACAGAGACAGAUGUGAGGGGUGAUGAGGAAUACAAGGAGGAGAUUCCUACAAAGACAGAUGUGAGGGGCGAUGACCAGUGUGAGGAGGACAGUCCUACAGAUAAGAGCCCAGAUGACUGUACUGGGAGCUCGGAGGGACAAUUGAUAUCUACAGAUUAUAAUGCAGAUGUUCCAGGUGUCACAUCAGAGACGUAUGAAGAUUGUGCCAUUAUCCCAGAUGUACUAUCCACCCUUCACAGCAAAACUCUGUCAUCUGAUCCUUUAAAACAAAUCCGAUCUUCUGAUUCAUCACAGACUGUUAACCAGAAUGCAAGCCACAAAAGAGGUGAGGGAGCCCUAAGAGUUCAGAAAGGGAAGAAGUCAUAUCCAUGUUCAGAAUGUGGGAAAUGUUUUACUCAGAAAUCAGAACUUAAGAAGCAUCAGCGAGUUCACACAGGAGAGAAGCCGUAUCCAUGUUCAGAAUGUGGGAAAUGUUUUACUCAGAAAUCAGAACUUAAGAAGCAUCAGCGAGUUCACACAGGAGAGAAGCCGUAUCCAUGUUCAGAAUGUGGGAAAUGUUUUACUUCGAAAUCAUAUUUUACGAGCCAUCAGAGAAUUCACACGGGAGAAAAGCCUUAUUCAUGUUUGGAAUGUGGAAAAUGUUUUACUCAUCAAUCAUCUCUUCAUACCCAUCACAGAAUUCACACAGGGGAGCUGUAUUUAUGUUCAGAAUGUGGGAAAUGUUUUAAUCAGAAAUCAAAUCUUCAGAGUCAUCAGAAAGUUCACACACAGGAAAAGCUGUAUUCAUGUUCAGAAUGUUUGAAAUGUUUUACUCUUAAAUCAAAUCUUCAGAAACAUCAGAGAAUUCACACAGGGGAGAAGCCGUAUUCAUGUUCAGAAUGUGGGAAAUGUUUUACUCUUAAAUCAAAUCUUAUUAAACAUCAGAGAAUUCACACAGGGGACAUGCCACAUUCAUGUUCAGAAUGUGGGAAAUGUUUUACUCAGAAAUCAGCUCUUGAGACCCAUCAGAGAAUUCACACAGGAGAGAAGCUGUAUUCAUGUUCACAAUGUGGGAAAUGUUUUACUCAGAAAUCACAUCUUCAGAGUCAUCAGAAAGUUCACACAGGGGAGAAGCCGUAUUCAUGUUCAGAAUGUGGGAAAUGUUUUACUCAGAAAUCAAAUCUUGAGACUCAUCAGAGAGUUCACACAAAGGAGAAGCCGUAUUCAUGUUAAGGAUGUGACUGAUAUUUCGUUAGAAAAUCAGAUCUUCAACAUCAAAGAUGUCACACGGGAAAAAAUCUGUAGUCGUGUUAAGAAUAUUUAACUCAGAAAUAUAUUGUUGGGCAUUAAAAAAUUCCCACAGGAAAAGCCACUUUCAUGCAGGGAAAUAUUUUACUCACAAAUCAAGUUUUGAGAGAGAUCAAGAAUACACACAGGGGAGAAGCCGUAUUCCUGUUCAGAAUGUGGGAAAUGGUGGGCUCUGAAACCCAAUCUUCACCAUGAAAGUCAUCAUACAGGGGAGAGGCCAUAAUUCUGUACGGCCUGUGGGAAAUGUUUUACUCGGAUUGUAUUAAACAUCAGAGAA